AUGCUGGACGGAAAUCCAAGAGGAGAUCUUGUGAUCAAAGUCACCAUUGCCUGCGGUAUCCUCGAAACGCUUGCUGUCUUCUUACGACUCCUCGCUCGAUGGAGAAGCAAAGCAGCUUUCGCCGCUGAUGAUUGGUGGAUUGUGGCGACCUUGAUACCUUCGUAUGCCAUGCUGGCGGUGGGCUGUCUUAUGGUCACCAUCGGGGGCGGUGGUCGGCAUGCUGCAACGUUGGACUUGUACCAGAUCGAAACCUUCCUGAAGACUGUCAGUGCCGCCCUAAUUGCUUACGCCUGCACAAUCCUCAUGGUCAAAAUCUCCAUCCUCUUGAUGUAUCGCCGCAUCUUCGACACCGAGGCAUUCAAGAAAGCCACGUGGGUUGUCGGCACGGCAUGCGUUGCAUGGGCUAUAGCUGCAAUCCUCUGCCUCGUGUUUCAAUGCCACCCUAUGUCCGGAAUGUGGAACCCUGAGGAUACUUUCACCAACAAGUGCAUAAAUCUGCAGGCGUACUACAGGGCAGUUGCAUCCUCGAACAUGGCGCUCGAUGUUGUGAUUCUAUUCAUGCCGUUAUAUAUGGUCUGGAGGUUGAAGCUCGAAGCAAGUCAGAAACUCAUGCUGUCGGGCAUCUUCGCUUUGGGCGGCUUGGUUUGCGUGGCUAGCCUGAUGCGUAUCAUAACUGUCACCCUGAUCAAAGGGGCCGAUCUAACGUACUCUCUGACGACGCCGUACAUGUGGAGUCAACUGGAGCCAACCAUGGCUGUCGUCUGCGCUUGCCUGACGACCUACCGGCCACUCUUUGCUGGCAUGCAUCUCAAAUUCCGGAACACUUUCAGCAGAGGCAAGCGCUAUUCUUCCGGAAUCAAUGAUAACGACACUUUCAUGGAGGUCACACCCGCGCACAGCCGAAGGUCGUCGAGGUGGUCGAAAGGGAGGAGACCCAGUGAUAAUCGGGAGCUCCUUCGUUUUGAGCGAAUGAACAAUCAGGGAACGAAAGGAGGGCUGCAUGUUGUGAAUCUUGCUGGUGUGGCAUACACUCCGCCAGCCUCCGGCGCAUUGUCUCCCGGGCGAGAGGACUAUGGUUUCCCAAGACCUCAAGUGAGCAGAGAAGAUUCAUAUGUUUAA